AUGGGGAAUAUCUUUGCCAACCUCUUCAAAGGCCUUUUUGGCAAGAAAGAAAUUCUCAUGGUGGGCCUGGAUGCUGCAGGGAAGACUACCAUCCUGUAUAAGCUGAAGCUGGGUGAAAUUGUGACCACCAUUCCUACUAUAGGCUUCAGUGUGGAAAAUGUGGAAUACAAGAACAUCAGCUUCACAGUGUGGGAUGUGGGUGGCCAGGACAAGGUCCGGCCUCUGUGGCGCCACUACUUCCAGAACACACAAGGUCUGAUCUUUGUGGUUGACAGUAAUGACAGACAGCGUGUGCAUGAGGCCCAUGAAGAGCUCAUGAGAAUGUUGGCUGAAGAUGAGCUCAGGGAUGCAGUCCUGCUUGUGUUUGCUAACAAGCGGGACCUCCCCAAUGCCAUAAAUGCGGCUGAGAUCACGGACAAGCUGGGCCUGCAUCCCCUUGGCCACAGGAACCGGUACAUUCAGGCCACCUGUGCCACCAGUGGGGAUGGGCUCUAUGAGGGACUGGACCGGCUGUCCAAUCAGCUCCGGAACCAGAAGUGAGCCA